AAAAAAAACCUACUGCACAACGAAGGGUAUUGAAAAGAAAACGUGAGGAAUCAACAUCAAAAGAAACAGGUCUCUUUUGACUAAUAAGUCUCAAAUUGAGGUUUUAAGUUCUGUACUUCCACAAAAAGAAAAGAUACAAUGAUUAAGUAGGUAUAACUUAGUAACCUUAUCAUUUUUAGAUCAAACCUUGGAUAUUUGUGAAGCAGUAGAAGAACCUGAAAAUGACCCUAUCAGUGUUGAUGGAAAUUUAUUGGUAGCUGGACCUUCAUCAAACUCAGCACUAAACCCAGAACACCUUGAAUCAAGUGAACCUUCAAACAUUUGCAAUCUGCAAGCUGGACCUUCAUCAAACUCAGCACAAAACCCAGAACACCUUGAAUCAAGUGAACUUUCAAACAUGUGCAAUCUAAGGAGAGAACCUGUAUUCUUUGGAGACUUAAAAUUUUCUGAUUUAAGUAAUUUGCAACGCAGGAAGAGAUUCUGGAAAAUUACUCAUGAGACUGUUUACAAGUACAGAAAAAUGAUCAAGUACAAUAAGUGUACAAUACGCAGACAAAAAGAUAAAAUAAAUAGUCUGAAUAGUCUAGUGGAUCAACUAUGUGAAGAGAAGAAAAUAUCUGCAGCUCAGUCAUUAGUACUUAAGGCGACUAUGGCGCUCUAAAAGAUGGUGGAGGGAAUGACAUUAAGUGGGAAUAUUUCAAACAACUUGUCAACCUACAAGAAGAUACAGGUCUGCAUUGUGCCACUAAACUUAGGAGGAGGCACCUGAACUACUAUAAAGAAAGAAUGAGAGUGAAGUUAGCAGUACAAAUAUUUAGUUCAAGUGUGAGUGACGCGUUAGAGUAUUGUGAGAAAGAUUUAAACAUACCUUCUUUCCAAUAUGCAGAAGCGACUGCAACAUUUUGCAAAAAUAUUAAUAAUGUAUUCGAUCUGCUGAAUACAAGAAAUUUUCUUGGCAGCACCCAGUUCAAAAAACCUUUAUAUAAAGGUAGUGAAGAGUUUUUAAGAAAUUUUGUACAGACUUCUAUUAGCUACUUAAGUACAGUAACAAAUUACGAAGGUGUUAAUAUAUUACAGACUAGUAGAAAAACAGGUUUUUUGGGAUUGAUUAUCUGUUUGGUUAGUGUUCAAAAUUUAUUUGAAGAUUUAGUGAAAAGUGGGACUUUAAAUUUUUUAUUAACGUACAAAUUGAGCCAGGAUCAUUUGGAAAUGUUUUUUGCCGCAGUACGUAGGAGAGGGGGUUUUUCCAAUAAUCCAACAGCAUGGCAAUUUGAACAAGCCUAUAAGAGGUUGCUGAUUCACAGCGAAAUUGCUUCCUCUGAAAGUGCAAAUUGCUUAGCACAAGACAGCACCUCUAUUUUGAAUGUUACCUCAAAAAAAGUAAAAAAUCCUUCUCUCGAUGUACUGUAUGAAUUUGAGCAAGAUUUUUCUCCCGAUUUACAGGAACAAUACAUUGUUAAUCACAAUAAAAUUUUAAACUGUGUGUAUAUUUGUGAUGUUGUGGAAUAUAUAGCAGGUUUUGUCAGCAAAAAACUAGGUCAGACCCUGAAUUGUAACGAAUGUGCCAAAUCAGUUACAACAUCUGAUUCUACUUGUAAGCUCCUGAAUAGGAAAAAUAGAGGAGGUCUAAGCAAGCCUACAAAAGAUGUUAAAGUGUGUACGGUUGCAGAAAGUAUUAUAAAGACGGAGACUAACUUUUCCAUUCCGAAUAUAAUGUUGAAGUUGAUCUCGGCUGCAAUGAGAAAUUUAAAUUUCAGGGAACUUUUUUUGUGUUUAUCGGAGCACUGUCUAGAACAAGACCCACUUGAUGGCCAUAUCAUUCAGUUGAUCAGAUUAAUUUUGAAAAAUUAUUUCACUAUUCGCCUUCACCAUAUAAACUCGACCAAAAAUCAAAUUACCGACAGAAUUAGGCAAAGGUUAACCAAAACAAUUCAUUUUAGAAAUCAAUAGUGAUGUAUUCCAGUCAGGAACAAAAGUAAUGCAAUACCAACAAUUUGAAAUUUCAUCCAUUGAUUUCCUUUAGUUAACUUACAUAAAUCAGCCCUAUACCAAAGAUAUUUGUAAAAUAAGUAGGACUACCCACUGGAAUCUUCAAGAAAGAUUUGUGCGCAGGCUACCUUUUCAAUUCCUUUGUCACACUAUCAAGUAACAUCAUAUACCGCAUUUGGCCGCAUAACCAUAUAAAAGUUUGACUUAAUAAAACAUAUAUUUGAAGGAGUUUACACAAGUCCGAGUUUCUCCGAAACGUGAGUAGAGAUAAGUAGAUACAACACUUGCUCUCCAAAUCUAUAUAUAUAUAUAUAUAUAUCUGUAAAAUCGUGCGAGGUGUCCUUAGUAUCCAUUUUCACAGUCUUUCUUCAAAAUGCUUGGAAUUCAAAGCGUUCACUACCGUGUAUCUCUGUCAAUUCAGAGUAAAGACGUGGUGCUAUAAAAUGUAAUGAAAACUAUUCUUUUUGUUUUUUGCUAGAAUAUGCCUAUUUCCUUUUUCUAACUCAUGUCUUCAACUAUGGCAGUGGGAGAUGAGCAUUAAAGUUUGCCUAUUUUUGUGUUGGUAUAUUAAAAUAUUAUAGACAAAGAGCUGCCUGAGGUCCAUCUUUUUUUAUCAUUAUACCAUGUCGAACGACCCUAUCUCUGCUAUAUAUGUUCUUGUUUUAAUGUUCUAAAAAAAAAUUUUUUCAUAUACGUAUAAGAUAUAUAUAUUUUGUAUUUUUUUAAAUGGUGAU